UUACAUCAUGCAGUGUGUGGAUGUGGCUGUUUGUGACACCAAGAGGUCUGUUCAGCCAAGAGACACGACGACACAUUGCUGCAGAGAUAACUUUUGCAACAGCCCUGAAUAUUUUCAAACAACAGCUACACCUUCAACUACACUCUCGACACCAACAACUGUUCUGACAACGCUGUACCACAAGAUGACAACUUCCACUAGUACAUAUUGCAGCAAAGAUGUUGUGUUCAUUUUGGACGAGACUAUUGACAUCCAACCAGUGAAAUACUUCAUGCGCAGUGUCAUUCAUACCCUAAAAGUCGGAAAUUCGAAAAGCUUGGUUGCCUUGUUUAACACUAAUUCACACCACCAAUUGGUUUGGCCUUUGAACGGCCAUACUAGUAAGGAAAGCCUUGUAUCAGCAUUGGACAACUACCAUGGCAAUCCAGAUUUGAUGAUGUCGGAUCCGAUGUACGGGAUCCAUGCUUAUCUUGGAGAUAUCGAGCAGAACAGUUUCGCAGACAGAACUUCGCAUAAAGAUGGUGUGAUUUUAAUAACAUCAAGACCAUACCAUCCAACCAUUCACUUCGCCAUGACGAUGUCCUGGCCAAUUGAUGUGUUCCAAAGAUUGCAUCACAAAAGCGAUGACGUAAUUGCAAUUGGCAUAGGAAGUGACGUCAGCCAGGCGCAACUUCUCCACAUAGCUACAACGAAUGACCAUGUGUUUCAACUAAACGGAGUGAACGCUCUCUACAACAUGGCUAUGAUUAACAAAAUUGUGCAGUUAAUUUGUUAGUAAUAAAUUAAAAACGUAAA